AUGGGUGUGAUUCGUCUCCCACGUCCAACGGGUCUAUAUGUGCCCACUUCUCCUACUCGCAGUCUUACAACCGAUAUGAUCUCUAGCCCCCUUUCUCCCGACUUUACCUUUGACUCGGAGACUCUCCCUCCUUCAAUCCUUCCCGCCCUCGAGUACAUCUCCUACAAGCUCGAGCAGAAAAUGAUGCAUGCCACGUUGCUAGUGGGUCGUGGAAAGCCAUAUCCCACCGGUGAACCAUCCGACCUCAUGGUAAUUCCCAUCGACGAGCUUGACCAACAAACAUGGCGAGCCGUCUACCGUGCCGUGGUCAAAGCCGCCAGCAAGUUCUCGCUGGGUCAGAGCUGGACCGACGCGCUAAAUCGCAGUCAAUACGAGCGUCAGGCCAACAAGUACCUGGUCCAACAGUCGAUCAUGCAAAACGAGGUCAUUUUCAGCCGAGAAGGCCUCACGCUGCUCAAUGUCGACCGAAUCUACACAUUCAAACGCCGGCUGUGCAUCCUUUCCAACCAAGGCAAAAAUCCCGAAGCGUCCUGCGUCACAUCCUGCGUGCAGCUCCUGCAUCGCACUAUUGGGGAUUUUCAGGGUCGCCCGUUCAGUAAAGCAUUCUUCCACCGCGUAUAUGAACAGCUCGACGUGCGGGACGAACUCCUGACCCACAUCGCCCAAACUUAUAAGAAGCAGUUCGGUCAGGAAGGGAUCAUCCUGCCGCCGCGCGCGCGGGCAGAGCACAGCAGCCGGAACUCCCCGAAGCGCACCGUUCGGGCGCGCAUGGAGGCCAAUCCGCCGAGAUAUAGGGCUGCUCCGGCUAAGCGGGGACCCAAGACCCCACAGUCUGCUUCUGAUGUUACCCCGAUUACGAGGAACGAGUGGAACAUCCUCAAUUCCAAUCUGCAGCAGACUAAGCCCUCCGUCACUAAAUGGACGCCGUCGCCGACUGUUCUCGCCGCCGCUUGA